AUGCAAUCAAAUAAUAAUCAGGAAUUGCAUUCAUUGCUACAGCAAUGGAAACCAUACGUUACUGCGGCAACUCAUCGACCAUCUACAGAUCUUCAGUCUCUAAAGUCUGCACAGAAUAUAGUUGGCACAACUUUAAAGUCCAGCUCAAAUGGUUUUAAAUCAAAAAAAAUGCAAUCUAAAGUGGUGUUAACCAACGAAUAUGGAUUUUUAGCCUCAGUCAAGGAAACUGACAAAAGUCAUUUCCAACUUCAAACAGAGUUUUCACGGGCAUUGUUUAAAAAAACAUUCCAUACCGAUGCUGUCAGAGGUGUUGGAUCUCAUUCUUUAGCUGAUCUUAAUCUGUAUAUGCAACAGGAAUUUCGAGACGUGUUUUCAAAUAGCUCGGAUAUGCUUAGUAAAAGUCGUAUACAAAGUCUAGAUAGAUGCUUGGAACAAGUCAUUCAAACAUUUCGUAGCUAUUCUAGUCUUCUUUCAGAUAUUCAGAAUGAAUACCAUUUAGUUAUCAAGGCAAUAGUAAACAUUCAAGAUGAAAAGGCAUUUUUACGAUCAAAAAUUAACAAACUACUGGUUGGGUAUGCAUUCAAACAAACACUUGAAGCAGAAAAAAUGCGAAUCGUUGAGCUUGUGGCAUCUUGGGAGAUUGCUCAAAACCAUAGACAAAUGUUGGAAUCUCAUUCAGCAAUCGAAGAUACCAAAUUUAUUGAAACAAUAGGAAAGUUGUUUGACCUAGAAGUAGCACGAGAUCAAAAGGAAAAAAGACGCAAAGAUCUGCUGUAUCUGGGCAAAUGGCAGUUUGUCAAGGAUUGGAUCGAACAACGUGCACUUACUGAUCCGCUCAUCAAAACCCUUUUUGAGCAAUUGAAGGAAAAUGCAAGUCAGCCAUAUAAUCUUUAUGCUAAAUAUAGAAUAUUAUUGCAAUGUACAUAG